AUGGCGUCUGAGAAGAAGAAGCAAGUUAGCUGGACCAGCUGGCUAUGGUCAUUGGUAUCAAGGCAACGAUUUGACCGUCAGUCCGCCGGUACAGACCAAAGCAAACAACCAGAGGCAGUAGAGCCUCGCUCCCUGAAGCUCAACGAACGACUUCAAAAGUCUCCCGACAAACUGAAGGAUAUUAUAUCUCUUUGCAAGGUAGCUUCAGUCAGCGUUGGGGUUCUUCACGAGGGCAAAGUCGUUUUUGAGCAAAAUAUUGCCGUCCCAAAUGGCCCGUCUAUUCCUCGCCCAGAGGCGCAACUCAUGUACACACUCUGCUCCGUAUCCAAGACCUUGGUAUCUGCUGCUUUGGGAAUUCUUGUUGACCAAGGGAGUCUGUGUUGGGCGGACACUAUUGGCCAGCACUUGCCAGACUUCAAGCCAAGCGGUAAGGUUAGCAUAAGCAACACUGCCACCUUUAACGACAUCUUACGGCAUUCAGGAGGACUUGAUAACCCCGUGGUUAGCCUUCUGGGACCAGGUGGCAAGGUGAUAACCCCCCAGGAUGACUUCAUGGACGUGCUAAAUAGCACGCCAACCGAGCGUAAUGGCGAGACGCUCUACGAUUCAUGGGUGUAUAGCAAUGUGGGAUACGCCUUGGUUGCUCUCGUGAUUGAGAAGAUCUCUGGCGAAUCCUUUGCUCAAUUUGUUCGGGGCCGUAUUCUAAUGCCACUCGGCAUGAACAGUACAGCCGUUACUGCGGCUCAGAUUGAGGAUACCGACAAUUUAGCCCAAUCUUACGCUCAAAUGCAAGAUGGCUCAUGGGAGAAGCUAGAGCACGAGUGGACAAAUGAAAACAACACUCCAGUUCUAGCCAUGGUUGGUAUUCGAAGCACAGUUAUGGAUAUGCUUAUUUUCUGUGCUGCAGUCAUGGAUGCGUUCGCGCCCAAGGCGGACACAGACGGUGCCAGGAUAUCCGGCAUGCAACAAGAAGAACAUAGUCGAUCAACAAAUUUUGAGGUACUUUCCGGGAUUAAGUAUAAUCCUUUAAAGCAAGUUCCGGCUAUACUUAAUGGCUGCUAUUGGACUAGGCCUCACAAUGACCCAAUUGGCCAUGUGGCUCGAUACCAUCUUGGAUGGAUGCGCGUCAUUAUGCCGAGCUGCAUGGUCUCCUGGGGUUCGUGGAAUAUGACGUUGGCAGACAAUGCAACGCGUAAAGAGCAUCAAUCGGCUCGGGAUGGGAGCAUUUUGGGAAGAAAUUCUGGAAACCGAAUUUUGUACAAGUCAACUGGCGUGGGCUUCUGUGGGACAUGCUCAGUCAACAUAUUCCCUGAGUCCCGCAGCUCCGUCAUCGCCUUUAGCAAUGGGACUAACUGUGGCGACGCAGCGGAUUUCUGUGCGUCCCUCUUGAUUCAAGAGUUGUUUGACCUGGAGCCAAAGGUUGAUAUACUGGCCAUGGUUAGACGGGAGGUGGCAUCAAGGGAACAUGAUUUUGAAAGCAUCAUGUCGGACCUUGAGGAACACAGGGACACUUCCCAACCCGAGGGAGAUGCACUCGACUAUGUGGGUGAGUAUCGUGGCCUGGGUACUACUCUUGUUAUUCAAAAUGCCCCAAAUGGAGAUGGAUUACAACUAUGCUUUAAUCAUAGAUCAGAUAUGGUACAGCCAUUGGAGUACUUUGCGAAAGAUCAAUAUGGCUUCUGGCCCAAGUCCCAGGAUGCCUGGUUGAAAGGUGGAUGGCUUGACUGGGACUAUUACUUGGUCGGUAUUUUGACAUUUGUGAGGAAUGAGAACGUAAUUGGCCUAACUUGGGUUUGGGAACGCGGUGCUGAGCCAUACUUUUUUCGAAAACUUGGCAUCGCGGAGCCUGAAAACAACUGA